UUGGUGAGGCAUAUAAUCUGUAGUACAAUUCCAUUGGAACUUACCAAGACUCCCUUUAUGAUCUAAGACAGGAUCUUUCUGUAAGCAUUCCUGCGUGCUUCAAGGGAGUGUGGGUUUUCAGAGCAGAGCACAUCUAAUAACUUUGGGCUUAUUGGCUGCAGACCCUUGGUAUCUGUCACCUGCCCUCCUGCACCGCACAGCAGAACGCUUUCAUACCAGGGCCUUGGCCAAGUUCUCUUGGGUAGGAUGCCAGGUGGGAUGGAUGCUGGCAGGAGCCCACAGUGCCCAGCACCCGUGUUUCAGAGUGGGAAAUGGGGAUAGGUGGAGCCAGUGAGCCACAGACCUGGCCUCAGGCCCUUUAGGGGUUGCUUUGUGGCUUUUGUGAUUAUCUGGUUUUAACUGCCUCUCCUGAGACUAUUCAGCUUUCUGCAGUGGGGACACUGCAGUUCUGCCAAGGAAGGCACUAGUCAUGUGCCCAACUCCUCCAAUGUCUUGCCACUUAUCAGCUCAAAGUGCUCUUUGUGAGCUCUUUGGUGACAGGACCAGAGGGGACAUUGGCUCUGCUGCAGUUGGGGUUUGGGCUGGGAGUGUGAGUGUCUCUCUUUCCCUGGCCUCAGGAGUGUCUUGUGUACCCUGUACUCAGAUCCUUUCCCCUCUGCCCCCCUCAGAGGGUCUGUCUGCUCCUCACUCCCCAUCUGUAGAAGCCAGCAGGGAGUCUGUACCAUACAUUGUGCCACCCACACCAAAGACCUUCUCUGCCUACCCUACAGCAGGGGUCUUGGUCUUCAAACCAGAGCUGAUCUCCCGUCUGGAGCGAGGGCAGGAGCCAUGGGUGCUGGACCUGCAGGCACCAGAGGACACUGAGACACCAAGGAUCUCCCAGACAGAUUCUACUAUUAGGACUGUUAAUGAACAGGUUUGGGAGGAAAUGGAUAGUCUAAAAUCAGAAUUACACGGAAUAAGGAUCAAAAUCCCCCCACAGGAUUUUUCUCCAAGUUCUGGUUCUGUAGACAAUUCUGAUUCUGAGGUCUGGCUAGAGGGUGAUCAGAACAGUCUCCCUAAGUUGACAAUGAUGAAAAACUGUUUAAAUCAAGGGACUGUGAUGCUCAAAAAGAUCUUCAUCCAGGAGAACUACCAAGAAUGUAAUGAGGUGGGGAGCAAUAGCAGCCUGGACUGUAAACUUAAUGAAAAUCAGAGAGAUCUUACUAAAGAAACAGCAGAAACAUGUGAUGGGUGUGGCAAAAUUUUCCAAUCCAUUUCAAAUAUUGCUCUACAUUGGGAACUUAAUAUGCAAAAGAAACCGAAGAAAUGUCAGGAGUGCCAAAAAAACCUAUCUCAUCAUUUACAGAGGAAGCAUCAAAGUCAAUGCCAAGGAGAGAAACAAUAUGAAUGUGUGGAAUGUGGGAAAGUCUUCAGGUUGUGUUCACAGCUUAACCAGCAUCAGAGAAUCCACACCGGAGAGAAGCCAUUUAAAUGCACUGAGUGUGGAAAAACCUUCCGGCUGAGCUCCAAACUUAUUCAGCAUCAAAGAAUUCACACUGGAGAGAAACCCUAUAGAUGUGAGGAGUGUGGGAAAGCUUUUGGUCAGAGCUCAAGCCUAAUCCAUCAUCAGAGAAUUCAUACAGGAGAGAGGCCUUACAGUUGUUGUGAGUGUGGAAAAGCCUUCAGUCAACAGUCCCAGCUGAUCAGACAUCAAAGGACUCACACUGGAGAGAGGCCCUACAUGUGUAAGGAAUGUGGGAAGGCCUUCAGCCAGAGCUCAACUUUAGUUCAACAUCAGAGAAUGCACACUGGGGGAAAAUGUCAAAUCUCCAGAACUUCAGAUAACCCAAGCUUUUCUCCACAUCAAAGAAUUUACACCGUGGAUAAACCAUUUAAAUGUGAUGAGUGUGGGAAAGCUUUUAGAUGGAUCUCUCGCCUUAGUCAGCACCAGUUAAUUCAUACUGGAGAGAAGCCAUAUAAAUGUAACAAAUGCACAAAAGCCUUUGGUUGUAGCUCAAGACUUAUUCGCCAUCAGAGGACUCACACUGGAGAAAAGCCAUUUAAGUGUGAUGAGUGUGGGAAGGGUUUUGUCCAAGGUUCACACCUUAUUCAGCAUCAGAGAAUUCAUACUGGGGAGAAACCUUAUGCAUGUAAUGACUGUGGCAAAGCCUUUAGUCAGAGUUCGAGCCUCAUUUAUCACCAGAGGAUCCAUAAGGGAGAGAAACCCUACGAGUGUCUUGAAUGUGGAAAAGCCUUCAGUAUGAGCACACAGCUUACAAUCCAUCAAAGGAUUCACACUGGAGAGAGACCUUACAAAUGUAAUGAAUGCGGGAAAGCCUUCAGUCAAAAUUCAACCCUUUUCCAACACCAGAUAAUUCAUGCUGGAGUGAAGCCCUAUGAAUGUAGUGAAUGUGGGAAAGCAUUUAGUCGCAGUUCGUAUCUUGUUGAACACCAGCGAAUUCACACAAGGGCCCAGUGGUAUUAUGAAUAUGGGGAUGUACUGGAAGGUGCAAACUUUGCGAGCCGUAAAAAAAUUAAUAUAAAGAAACUACAUAAAUGUAAUGAAUGUGAGAAAAUAUUUAGGUGGCGCUCACACUUAAUUAUACACCAGAGAAUACACACUGGAGAAAAACCUUAUAAGUGUAAUGAGUGUGGGAAAGCUUAUAAUCGGAGCUCAAGGCUUACUCACCAUCAAAAAAGUCAUAAGGAGUAGAUUAUUUGCAUUUGUAUGUGUGAAUAAACUUAUAGCCUUAA